CAACCGCAACCGCAACCGCACCUCCACCGAUCAACAACAAUAUGGCAAACGGGAAAACCGCAGUGGCCACCACAACUUCCUCUCCUCGGCCGGAAGUCGUCAUUAGUCCUUGCGCUGCGUGCAAAAUCCUACGGCGAAGAUGUGAUGAGAAUUGUGUGUUAGCGCCUUAUUUUCCGCCGAGUGAUCCAAUGAAGUUCUUAAUGGCCCAUAAGGUAUUUGGGGCCAGUAACAUCAUCAAGUUAUUGCAGAGAAUUCCUGAGAAUCAAAGAGAAGAUGCUGUAAACAGCAUGGUUUAUGAAGCCAAUGCAAGACUGAGAGAUCCAGUUUACGGCUGUGCUGGCGCGAUUUGUCAACUUCAGAAGCAAGUUAUUGAGCUCCAAACAGAAUUGGCAAAGGCUCAGGCACAAAUCUUGAAUAUGAAUAUGAAAUCCCACGAAAUUACCAAUUCUGCAGAUUUCUUUCCUGCACAAAUGUUGCAGUAUCAGGAAAUCUGUGUCCCACAGCAGCUAUGUGAUAAUUUAAGCAGCAGCUUCUCUGAUGACAACGAAUUGCGAGUGGCUGAUAAUUUGGAACCCUUCUGGAGCUGAACAGAUAUUGAUAAUUAAAAGUGCAGGGAUCAGGGUUCAGUUUGGUUGUCAUAGUCGUAAACUAGUUCGCUGAUUCAUUUUUUCCCCCCUCCCCGGAGGUGGCGGACUCCAUUGCCUUUCGAUAUAUAUGGCCUCACCUCUGCCAUUUUUUAAGCUCAUCUCAUCCAUAAAUCAAAUGGUAAUGUUUUAGAGGAUAUUGUAGCAUUGCUAAUAGAUGUAGGAUAAAUAUAGAUAAGUAGUAAAAUCGAUAUAAAGGAAUUU